AUGGGAGAACCUGCAGAAGAUAAGCCUCACAACUUACCAAAUAAUUUACUUCUUAAUGAUAAUCUGAAGCUUGAUAAAUUUGAUUUUGAGGCAACUAGAUUUAAAAGAAAACAAGAUUUGUACUUAAACUCCUAUGAUAGGCUUUGGGGAGAAAAAGUGACUUAUAGUGUGGGUUUAUCUUAUGGAACAGGUUUUUUUCUGGGAUCUACAUAUGGGCUUGUAAAUGCUAUGAAGAAGCCUGCACUCACACCAAAGCUUAAAAUAAACUCCAUCCUUAAUGAGUGUGCGUCCAAUAGUGCAAAAGUUGCGAACCCGUUAUCUAUCAUUACUUUGUUCUAUUGUGGAUUUUACAGAGCAACGAAAGCUAUAAGGAAAAAGGAUGAUUCUCUUAAUUCUUUAAUAUCUGGGGCGUUAUCUGGAGCACUGUAUAAAUCGGCAUCUUCAACAAGAGUUAUGGGAAGAUACACACUAAUAUCAGCAGGUAAGUUAGGUUUGAAAAAAAAAACAUUUAGGCAAUUUGUUAACUUGAAAAAAAUUUAA